GUUCCUGCUGACCACAAGCACAUGACCAGGCGUGUUUACACCUGCAGUCAGCACCAACCCUAGCUGUGCCACUGACAGGGUAGUCUGUUGUCUAAAUUGAGAUAGGAAGCCACGUUUCCACGAGAGGUUAUCGUUAAGCAGACACUCACUGGGAGUUGCUCCAGGCAGCCCCUGCCCAUCUGUCCCCCAGGAGGGAAGCUUGAUCCUCAGCCACAGGCUCCAGGAAGCCAGCCCUCUUGCUGUUCACUAUGGAUGAGACAGAUGUGGAACAGGUGACCCUGGCUCUGCUAGAUGCAGCCAAUGAUAAAGACUCAGAGGUCCAGGAGCAGGUCAGAAAGUCUAUGUUAACCCUUGGAAAACAGCAGCCAGACCGUGUCUUAGCCAUGUGUCAGGACUACCUCCUGAAACAUCCAAAGCUGGUAGUGAGUCACAGAGUUGUGAUUCUUCAGACAAUUGAGCUGAUUGCCAGCUGCAGGAUAGACGAUAUCUGCUCCACCAGGAUCAAAAGCAUCAUCUCUCUGGCCUCAGAUGAGAUGACACGUUCAAAGGAGGUCAUCCCUGACUGGCAGCAGGCAGCCAGUAAUAUCUUAGUUGCUGUGGGUAACAAGCACAUCAAUGAUAUCAUGGAGGAGAUUCUUACAAAGUUUCAGCCAGGGGUCUUACCUCACUUCUUUGUGGUCCAAACACUAGCCAAUCUCUCUAUUUCCAAUGUUUAUGGCAUGGUACCCUUCCUGAAUGCUAUUCUGGGUACCAUGUUGCCCAUGCUGAGCAUGGCCAAACAGGACAACAUGAAGUGGGUCUUCUCUUCUGCCCUUUGUCAUUUCAGCGACAGUAUCUUGGAGUACCUGGCCAACCUGGACAAAGCUCCAGAUCCCACAGUCAGGAAGGACACAUUCUCCAGUGAAAUCUAUGCUGCUUUUGACAUUCUCUUUAGUAACUGGUUACAAAGUAGGGAGUCUAAGUUGAGGCUGACAGUGGCAGAGGCAGUAGGCUCUAUGUGCCACUUGAUGGCCAGUGAUAAACUGGAGGAGCAAAUUCCCAAACUCAUUCCUGCCAUCCUGUCCCUGUACAAGAAGAACAAUGAGCACUAUGUCAUUAGCAAGAGUUUGUGCCAAGUGCUUGAUGCUUCUGUCAACAUGGGCAGCAGGGUGCUGGAGACACAACUCGACAGUCUACUCUUUGCACUGCAUCAACAGGUGUCCGCCCCCACUGAUUACAAUAACCCUCCGACUGUCAAGAACCACAACGAGGUCCUGCGCUGCUUCAGUUUGCUCGCAAACUCCUUCCCCGACCGGCUGGUUAUGUUUGUACUUCAGAAGCUGGAGAACAGCAAUGAGCGGAGCAGGAUGGGCUCCCUGGCUGUCCUUCGCCACCUCAUCAACUCCACCACUUCUACAAUGGAGACUAAGAAGCUGCUGAUUCUGGCCAGCAUUAGACAACCAAUGGCUGACCACAGCAACAAGGUGAAGAAGCGUGUGGUGCAGGUGAUCAGUGCAAUGGCUCAUCAUGGUUACCUGGAGUUAGAGGGAGGGGAGUUACUGGUUCGAUUCAUAGUUCAGCACUGUGCCUUACCUGACACAUACCAGCGCGGUGAGAGGCCCACAGAUCCAGAGGAAGUGACAAAUGAGGCACUGAGGGCGAUGUGUGACAGCACCCUUCAUCUCCUGACCACCACUGUUGGACGACUAGCUGAUGUAUUAUGGCCCAAGCUGCUGUACUAUCUGACCCCUGCCCAGUACAGCAAUGCCACCACUCCGUUGUGUAAGAGUCUGAUAGUGCUGGGCAACAAGAAGAAAAAUAACCAGGAGCCAAGCUUUAACAUAGACUUUACACAGGAAGUCAAUCUGCCCUCUCCUCAAACAUUAAUGAUCAGACUGCUGGUGAAUGCAGCAUUCCCAUUCAAUAGCAGAGGCCAUGGAGCUCCAUCCCUCUCCGUCCUUGAAGUCCUCAGUACCAAUAUUCACCCCAAGACAGAGAUUCUCUGGGAGAAAGAGAUACCUCCUCUGUUGUCUAUACUAGAGGAGUCAACAGAACAGAGCCUGGAUAAGAAGUACUGGGAUGAGAAGCUGCUGAAGCUAUUGUCUAAAACCCUGGCUACUAUUGCUGAUGACAAAUGGGUGUGUCAGUUGGCAGCCGAGGCAACGAGGUAUCUCUCCACAUAUAACAACUCCUUAGAGGAGAAGAGUUUCCUGUACCGGUGUAUAGGAGUGACUCUCCAACAGUGUUUCAAUAAGGAGGUGGUAAAAAAACAGCUGCAGGAAAUCCUCCUUACAGCACGACACAAUGACGCUGUCGAAAGAGAGGGAGUUGCAAUGGGCAUCGGUCUGUGUGCUAACAGCCACCUGGAGGGAACUUUGGCUAAGCUGGAUGAGUUUGGAAAAUCAGAUGCCUUCAAGAAGUCACCAAGCAUUUUCAACCUGCUCAAAGACCGUAAUGAUGUUGAGGUGGAGAAGGUGAAAAGCACAUUAAUCCUGUGUUAUGGUCAAGUGGCUCUGAAUGCACCUCCAGAAACGAUACUACACCGCAUUGAUCAAGACAUCCUUCGCUGCAUCAGCAAACACUUUAAUACCAAGGUUCUGGGGAUAAAAGUAGAGACAAAGGACCUCACUAUGAAACUGAGUUUGAUCCAGAGUGUUGGCCUGAUAGGCAUAGCUAUCAGCGAGUGUGUGAAGAAACAAGGCUACAUCUUUUCUCGCAAGCAGGAGCUCAUUAAUGUUAUGCUGGAUUUUAUCAAGGCAGAGCCAGCUGAUUCACUGAGGACUCCAGUGCGCCAUCUUGUGAUGACCACUUGUGCCAACCUAAUGCCUCUGGAUCCUGCACUUAGUGAGAAUGAGAGCUUUGACCUGCUAAAGGUGUGUGUUAACAGUGUGUUUUCUCUGCCACCUGAGACACACACUCCAGAGAAAACUAAAGAGGAGGAGAUACUGGACCCCAAGCAGAGAAAGGCGUUGUACAAAGACACAUUGGCUGCACUGCAGGAGCUGCUGAAGAGUGUAUUGGCCAAGGAUCCCACACCUGAUGGCCUGCAGAGUGUUUUCAAGCACAUUGAAUCAUGGUUGAGCUCCGGACAGGACCACGAGAGAGAGAGAGCUGUCACAGCUACUGCUCACAUACUGGCUUACUACCUGGAUAACCUGACUGUAAAGAACAUGGUAUCCUUCCACAACCUAGGAGCUCUGCUGGGUCGACUGUCUCCGCGCUGUUCUGACCCUCAUCCUGCUGUACGUGCUGCUGCUGUUGACUGUAUAUACACACUGCUUUAUAUACAGCUACGAUAUGAAGGUUUCUCACUAGAUUAUAAGGAUGAAGGUGUGGAUGGUCUGUUGCCCCUAAAAGACCGACUACAAAACCCUGACCACUCAAUUCUCUACAAGACCUGCUCUGACCUCACCAAGGUGAUGAGUAAACGUCUGCCUCAGCAGCAGCUGACGACGUUGGUGUUCAUGUUGUUUGAAGGGUUGGUCGACAGUCAGACAAACUGUUGCAGAGCUUCAUCUGUCAUCCUAAAUACCCUGCUGAAGAACAGAGGAGGGGGAAUGCAAGAGCUGGUACCAGAGAUGCUGGAGGUGCUCCAUGUGCGUCUGCAGAGCAUCACAGAGGAGCAGGUGAGAGUGGCAGUAGGACAGACAGUACUAAUCCUGGCUUCUCAGCAUCUACAGACUGUCAUUAAUACACUAGUUAACCAGCCACUACCAUAUGACAGCUGGACCAGUGAGAUGUGGAUGGCCUUGGGAGCAGAUCCCAUCGUAGCCAAUCAGAUCAUAGAGAUGGUGAUGGAGAAGCUUGUCGUCAUGGCACCGUACGUUGAUAAGAAGGAGUCCAUGAUAAGAGGAGGGACGACAAAGGUGGCCACAAAUCAGCCACUGGCUAUGACAUGUGGUCUCAAAGAGCUGCUAUUGAAUGGCCAGAGUCAGGAGCCAGCAGUCAGUCUGUUCCCUCAGCUCUUCUCCUGUCUCACUGUCAGACUAGGAGCAAGUGUUGGAGUCUCAGCACCGAGGGACAGCAACACUAAACACACUGCAGCUGUCCAUGUGGCAGGGGUAGCGGCUGAUGCUCUGAGAAUCUUGUUAGCACGAGCUCAGUUAGAUGAGGUGAUGAAAAGACUGGAUGAGGAUAACGCCUGGGAUGCAAUGAGGGAACCAAAUACACACAUUACUGGAGUUACACUACUAGCAAGGGCGAUGGCUAAACAUGCUGGUCCCAGGUUGCCAGCCAUUGUGGAGUGUCUGUGUCCCUCUCUAAACAAUAUCUACGAAUGCCAGAGAAUCACCGUCACUGCUUUCUUCUCUGAGCUGUUAAACCAUCAUGUGGUGACGGAGUUGAUGUUGAUAGACGUGUUGAUGAACAACAUGAUGGAGAGGAUUUCAGAUCCCUGCUGCACUGUUCGCAUGUUGGCUGUGCGAGGGCUUGGCAAUAUAGCUGUGGGAUCACCAGAAAAGGUGAAUAAAUAUGCCAAGGAGCUACUGGCAGCCAUGAGUUCAGGCAUGGAAGAGAAAGACGAUCCAGGUAAGCUGAUUACUCUUGAGGCUAUGUCUGGUCUGUCUAAAGUUCUCCUCUACCUGGACAAGAAGAAUGUCCACUUACUGGUGGUUUAUAUCUUCAUGAAGAUAAAACCAUUCUUGGAAAGUGAGAAUGAUGAAAUCCGCUGUGCUUCCAUCCACCUGAUGGGGAACCUGUCCAAGUUUGGCUCAGGAGAGCCAGUGUUCAAAGACCAGAUCCACAACGUUCUCGUCAGCCUGCUGUUACACCUGGUUGACCCAAACCCACAUGUGGUCAAAGCGUGUAAGUAUGCGAUGCGCGUGUGUGCUCCUGUGGUGGGAUCAGAGCAGAUCACAACCAUGUUUCAGAACCACCUCCACGAUGACAAGAGCCUGCACUAUGGAGAAUUCAUCAAUGACCUUACAAAGUACCUGAUCCAGGACUUUCCAGGCAUGCUGAACUUCUACCACAUAUCAGUCAUCCAGUUCUUUAAGAGCAACUGGCCUGAGGUCAGAGCAGGUGCUGCCAUGUUUAUAGGGUUUCUGCUGGGGAAUCUUCAGGAGGAGCAUCUCUCCCACCUCAACAUGGGAACCAUCACUAAAGGUUUAGUGAUGCUGCUCCAAGAUCCAGAUCCAGUGGUGAGAGUGAAGGCUGCAGAGGCCAUGGGACACUUCCACUGACAUACACACACACACACAGACCUACAUACAAAUAUUAGUGUUUCCAUUUGUCAUCACUAUAGAAAAUACAUGACAAAAUAAAGUAUAUUUUUAGGACGUGGACCCAUGUUUACAAAUACAUGCAGAUCCCACGAUUUAAAUGUGCAGUCAUUAUGAAAUUAUCCAAAUAGCAUAACUGCAACAUUAAUUAAAAUCAGAACAGGGACCAAAAAAGGUACAAGUGUGGAGCCAGAAGCCAAACUAACACAUUUACCAGUGUAAUGAAAUCCCACAAAUGAACAUUGAUAAUAUGCACUCAUACAGACACACUGAAAUAUAUUUCCGUUAGCAGCUUUGAUUAGCUUCUCUUGACACUUUAUUAUGGUACUUGAAGGAAAGUGUUCAUUCUUAAGUAUAUUUUAGUGACCAAAGACUGUGUUGCUCUUUACAGAUUGACAUUGUCUGUAGCAUUUAGUGUUCAGUGUGACAGUACCAGAGAUAUACAGUGUUCCAUUAAUGACAUAUACCAUGCUUCAAGAAGUUUUAAUGCAGAGGCUAAAAACACAUUUGAACUUGAGUAAUACAUUUUUUAGACUAGAUAUAGUUUCUUCAAAUAUUACAUACAAAUGAUGAACAAUAAUGCACAUUUAAAGUACAUGACAGAAAUCUUUCACAUGACUCUGUGUGGUAGCUAAAGUGUGUAUGUGUGUGGGUGUGUAGUCAUACCAGAAAUUUGUGAUAGUGUUAGUAGAUGUUCGUUUUAGUUUGUGGCUCUCUGUUUGAGAGAUAGAUUUUAGUGUCCCAAAGACCCUCCAUCUGAUCAACCUGGUGUCCUUCAGUUUACUCAGAGCUUUACUUCUGCCCUCCAUGAAGAUCCAGUUAAAUAUUUUAGAUCAGACAAGAAGUGUGGUACCAUAAGUUAUGACUUUACAAAAUUAUGUGAAGUCUAUAAUAAAAAAUGCUAAAUGCUAAAGGCACAACUACAGCAGGACUUACAUAUGCUCUGUUGUUUGUAGUUGUAGGUGGAGGCUGUAAUUAAAAGAAAACAGGGUGGUUAUGAUGGUUACGCUGUGUCCAGUAGUCCAGGUCAUCUAGCUGACUCUGUCACAUCAAUCAAAUUUGCCAGGAAUAACCAGCCAAUAAAUAGUUAGUGGCUACUUUAACAGUCUCUGAACAGCGGGAUUGAUACUUACUGCUAUUCCUGCUGUGGUAGCUUUAGCUAACAUGCUAACUGGCUGGUUCAGACCAGAUUAAAGAAAAUGUAACUCACCUCCAUUUCUAAACCGUAAUGGAGCUGUUUGUAAAUCACUGCCACCACUACAACUGAAUGGCCACAACAUGAUCAUCUCUUAAGGACACUUCGGACUGAUUUAGCACAGAUCUAUUUAACCUGCAUGCAGCUGAUGAUUCAGCUUUACAUGCAACAAAAGUCUCCAGCCACGCUCCAUACAAACAUUAAUUAUCACAAGAACAUUGCCAACCUUCUGUGGUGAGUAACGAUGAUUAAUGUAGGAGCCAAAUGAUAAAACAGACUUUGUCAUUUUGAUACUGAAAAUUCUAUUCCAGCCAAUCAGACUAUUAUAUACCAGUGUUGUUAGGUAGAUCAGACCUUGUGUAGCCAUGCUGAAAACAGUUUGUGCCAAAUGUCCAUUGAUAUCAUAUAAUAGCACUAUAGAGAAGUUGUAAACUAUUUUCUCUCUCCCAUUUUGAAUGCACUUAAUGUUGUUCAGUGUCUGUCAUUAUUCCGUCGAAUGGUUGACUUUGUCCUAUUCCAAGGUACAGUUGUGGGUUUGCAGGCCUCUUAAUGUCAUGUAAAUAUGUGUGAGUGUUGUAUUAUGUAAGGUUGUCUGUACAUGUAACUUUUAUGUCUCCAAAUUAAUUCAUGCAAUGGCCAAAGGGGGGGAUGCAAACCAGUCCAUUGUUUGUCCCAAUUGAAAUUUAUUUGGUGGCAAAAAAAAAGAAGUCCACUAGCAAAUCAGGUGAAAGCAAUACAUUUUUGUAUUUUGUCUUAAAGUAUGAUUAUGCGGAUGUCUUCAAUAUUUCUGUUGCACUUUUAAGCUCCGCUAUGUAGUCCCUGAUUUAAGAACUGAGAGGCAAACGUCAACUAAGUGUUUUUUUUUUUUUGUUUGUUUUUUUUUUUGCUCUUGAAUAACAGAAAAGGCUGUAGAUCUUGGGUUAUUUCAAAUGUCUUAUCUAAUGCAAUUUGUUCUUUUUGGGUAAAUAAAAGCUGGUAAAACUCACAUUUACGUAAAUGUAAUAAAUCAAAAAGGCUGCUCCUGCAUCUGUAUUUGUUGGCUUAGAUGUUCUACAAACAGGGACUCAUGGCUUCUAGCACUUUCUAACACUAUGGCUUGGUUUAGGGUGAGUGGGAAUUGGCAGUGUUCUCAGUUUAAACGCUGUUAUAAACUUUAUACAACUGAUGUGAUUUUUCAUGUCAUCUUCCUGAUUUUUAACAUGUUGAAUGUUAUUAAUGUAUAUCCUCUGUAUGACACAUGAAGGUAUGGCUAUUUCAAUCGAUUCAUGUUUGAAUGUGUGAAUGUGUGACCGUCACUUUUCAUAUGAUAAUGGACCAGAGGAGAGAGUGGAUGAUGGCGAUCAAUAUAUUUAAAAUGGAGAAAUAAACAGAUCCAUUAGAACAGAA